GCCGCAGGGUCCCCCCGCCGCGGGGCUGCCGUCACCCUGGGUUUCAGGCUUGGUGUUCCUGGCGAAGAAGGGGAGAUGAGUAAGGGCAAGGACGAUGCUCCGCAUGAGCUGGAGAGCCAGUUCGUGCUGCGGCUGCCGCCGGAAUAUGCCUCCACUGUGCGGCGAGCGGUACAGUCUGGGAAUGUCAACUUGAAGGACAGGCUCACCAUUGAGCUACACGCGGAUGGGCGCCAUGGGAUUGUCCGUGUGGACCGGGUGCCACUGGCAGCCAAGCUGGUGGAUCUGCCCUGCAUCAUUGAGAGCUUAAAAACCAUUGACAAGAAAACCUUCUAUAAGACAGCAGAUAUAUGCCAGAUGCUUGUUUGCACCGUGGAUGGUGAUCUGUACCCCCCUUUGGAAGAGCAAACUGUGAGUACUGACCCUAAGGCAAACAAGAAGAAGGACAAGGACAGAGAGAAGAAAUUCAUCUGGAACCAUGGCAUCACUCUUCCCCUGAAAAAUGUACGGAAGAGACGAUUCCGGAAGACAGCUAAGAAGAAGUAUAUAGAGUCUCCUGAUGUGGAGAAAGAGGUGAAGCGUCUCCUGAGCACAGAUGCUGAAGCUGUCAGUGUCCGCUGGGAAGUCAUUGCUGAAGACGAAACAAAAGAAGUAGACAACCAUGGUUCGCUCACCAGCCUGGACAUCUCCUCCCCAGGGAUGUCAGGACAUAAGCAAGGCUCCUCAGAACAUGAUGAACUACGGGAGAUAUUUAAUGACAUCAGCAGCAGCAGUGAAGAUGAAGAUGAGAGGGAUCAUCAUGACGAUGAAGACCUGAACAUCAUGGACACUGAGGAUGACUUGGAGAGGCAGCUGCAGGACAAGCUGAAUGAGUCUGAUGGGCAGCAACAGGAGAAUGAGGGCUCCAACCAGAUAGGUGAGUGGAUAGCAGAGCACAGUAGGGUCACCAGGGUGCCAGGCAGCCUGCACUGGCCCAGCUCUGCUGCUGUGGGUCUGAGCUCACUCUCUCUUCCAGUCAUGGGGAUCCAGAAGCAGAUUGACAACCUGAAAAGUAAACUCCAGGAGACCCAGGACAGGAGGAAGCGCCAGGAAGAUCUCAUCAUGAAAGUGGAGAACUUGGCCCUCAAGACGCGUCUCCAGGCCGUGCUGGAUGAGUUCAAGCAGCAGGAGGAGCGAGAGAAGCAGCAGAUGACGUCCCUGCAGGAGCAGCUGGAGUCCCUCAUGGAGAAGUGAGGAGCAGGCCGGGGUCUUUAUACCUGCGAGCAGAGCUGGAAGUGGUGUUAUCUGCCACGCUGAAGUCUAUGCUCUAGUCACACACCUCUGCUGCUGGGCAUGUCCAGUGCUGGUCUCACAUGUAUUUUUCUGGGCUGGGUUUGCGGAGCUAAGGAAUUAAACUAUGCCUGUGAGAGCAGCCAGAAUACGGGAUUUACUGUAAAUACUCAGCACCAUUCUCCCAGAGGGGUUUAGUUCCCCCUGGGGCAACUUUCUGCAUCUUGAUGGGCUGUGGCCAGAUAGGAACUUGUUCUUGUGUGUGAGGAAUACUCGUGUCUGCAAAUCAGACUCAAUAAAGGACUGUUUCCAACCCU